UUAUUAUCUAAAAUUCACUAAAAGCCCACAUGACCCAACUUGUACAAAUCCUCCCAAUCUUAUGUUAGUAUUUGAUUGACUUUUAAAACUGAGCCAUCUCGCUGUAGCCGUUAGCUGGAAAACCCCCCUCCGAUUUCUGCUCAGCCGGCGCCAUAAGGGGUUUCUGAUACUGGUUAAAGAAUUAAAGACCCUGAAGAAACCUAUCAUUCCGCCUUUAAGAAGCUUUUAACACAAUGGCAAUCAAGCGCGCGUUGUUUAACUACGUUUCAGUGUCGAGAUACUCCUCAACAUCGUUACUUAAAACUGGCGACAAGUUGAAACAAACAAGAAUAUUUUCUACUCAAGAUCUUGUAGACUAUUCAAAGGUGAGUUUUGACGCAAACCCUUUACAUCUUGAUCCUCAAUAUGCACGAGAUGCUGGAUUUAGUGAUAUACUAGUUCCUGGAAUGCUUGUGGCCUCUUUCUUCCCGAGGAUCAUUGCUACUCACUUUCCUGGAGCGGUAUAUGCUUCACAGACCUUGAACUUUAGAUCUCCGGUUUAUGUAAAGGAAGAGAUUGUUGGUGAAGUUGAAGCUACUAACAUUAGAGGAUCAAAAGAUAAAUACAUUGCCAAAUUUAUAACCAGGUGCUAUAACAACACUGGGGUUGUGGUUCUUGAUGGAGAAGCUAUGGCUGUUCUACCAACAUUAUGUCCAGCACAACCGUGAACUUGGGUCGUUUAUGGUUUAACCUUUGCUGCCAUCAAAGUGGAAUUGAGCCGUUUGUGUGCUGUGUCCUGCCUGCCUCACAGGUUGGGUAACGGAUUUUAGUUGGAUCAAAAUUGGUAAUGUUUUCUGAUGAUACAAAACGGGCCGACGGGACACAAAACAUUAUUGUCUUUGUAUUUGUAGGUUUAUAAAUGCACAUUUUAUUAUAUAUGAUUCCAAAUGAAAAUUUA